AUGCCUUCAAGAUAUGGGAGGGCGCGAGGACUAGUGGCUGAGUGGCGCGUCGGAAUGACAGCCCUGCUACGUUUUGUUCGCGGGAGACCUGAGCGCGACGGUGCUGCCGUCGUCGCAUGCUCAUCGUCUUCAUCGAUUGGUACGUUCUGCGCUUCCCGCCUUUGUACACUCGCUGACAACAGCCUUCUCGCCGCCUCUCGCCGGAGCCUCAAGACUCCUCUCCUCUCCUCGGUGUCGCCU